UUUGGGGAUUUAGCGCUGACCUCUGUCUACUUUGUCUGUCUGUCUGUGACGUAGCAGUGACUGGUUGCCUUGGUAACGGAGCUCGGCUUUCACCACUUAUGCCCUGAGUUCUUGACCGUUCAAAAUCAUUUGAAUUGGAAUUGUUGAAUAUCUUAUUUUAAUUAAGUGGUACGAUUCGAUAAUAACGACAUGGAAAGUGUACGAAAUGUAUUAUCUUCUGUGGAACAGUUUUUGAAAGAGAUUCAGCACAUUGGAAUUAUUAAAGAGUUCCUUUUGGUUCCAACAGAUAGUGCAGAGUGUGACAUAUUAACUUUUAAUAAAUUAUUUGAUGAUUUUGCCCUCAAGAUUAGUACCAUGUGUUCAAAUAACAGUUCCUUGAAAGCAUCAGAAAAGUCUGAAGAAAAUGAAAUAAUUGAUGUUGAAGGAGACAUUUCUUCUGACUCAUUUUCAAGUGUAAAGAAAAAUCUAGUUCAGUUACAAGUUGAUCACAAUGAAAUCAAAAGAAGAAUAUCGGCCUUUGUAUCUAGAAAACGAAAGGAAGUUGAUGAGUGGAAUGUGCAAGAAUUCUGCAAUCGACCAUAUGUUGAGGAACAAAGCCCAGCAUGGGAGCAGAUAGAUAGCUGUGCUAGAGUUGAUGCAGUUUUUAUUCCAAGAUUUGGCAGCAAGAGCCAUGUUAAAGUUUCAAAGGUGGAAAAUAGGUGGGGCCCACAAACUCAGUCCAGAAAUGACUCAAUAAACAAACGGAUCAAGAAAGAACCUGAUAGUGAGCAAGCACAAGAACAAAGUGAUGAGACAUUUGAAGCAAUACAAGAAAGAUUACAAAAUAUGGAAUCACAUCUAAAAUUAAAAUCAGACAGUUGUAUGAGGUACAACAUCAUGCAAAGGCUUAAAGAACUGGAAAAUAGAAUUCUGUUCUUGGAAGGCAUUUCUCCAGAUUAUUUUCAUGUAUCGGGUCCUAAUUUUGCAUCCCCCAAAAAAAGAAAUAUUUCUGAAAAGGAAAAAAUUUAUUCAAAUUGGAGUGUGGAUGAUCUGCAGAAAAGAAUUCAGUCUCUGAAGGAAUCUCUCAAAUUAAAAUCGCUCCAUUUGAAAAAAGAAACUUCAGAUGAACCUUUGGCAAGCUGUAGUAAAUGAAUUAUAAUGAUAAUGAUUUUUAAUAUCAGUUGUUCAAAUUGGAUUAUGAAACAUGUCAAUUUUGCUUCAAAAUUAUGAUAUAUGCUAGGGGAAUUAUAAUGUUCUACAUUAUAGGAACUGCAUUAUGAUAAAGUAAUGUAGUCAUAUUCAUUGAUAAGAAUUCUUUGUUAAUGAAAAUACAGAAAUUCCUCUAUUUGUGAUUCUUUAUCAGCUUAUUUUGAUAUGUAUUGUAAUACAAAGUAAAUAUUUUAUUUAUCAAAACAGAGGUAUAGGAUUAUUAAUGAAGGAUUCAUUUUAAUAUUUAGUCAUGAAAUGUGAAGUAAUCAUUUCUUAUAAUUCAGACUUAUGUUCCAAAAUCCUAUAAAACAGCAGAUGUGACUUCUUUCAGACUUUCAAUAUUCCAGAUAAAUUAUUAUUUGAUUGUAGUUACCAAACGUGAAUGUCUUUUUCAUCAGUAUAAUAUGUAUAUUUUAUGCAAAACAUGUAAAAUAUUAUAUUAUUAAUUCUUAUGCAUUUCUUUGUAUAUAUUAAGAUUUAUCAUCUAUAAAAUUUUUGUACUUCUGAAAGCAGUUAUUGCAUAUGUGUUAUUUUAUUGAUUUUUGAGAAUUUCAUUCAUCUUAUGAAAAAUUUUCUGCCAAAUUUUACUUUUCCAUUAUCCAAAUGAAUACAACCAGGAACAAUGGCAGUUAAUUCCCCUUAGUUUAAUGAAUUGAGCAUAUUGUGUUUCCAUGGUUGUCUUCAUGACUGAUGCAAGUGUGGGCCAGUUUCUUUAUUAAAGAAAUUCUCUCACCUGAGGCAGCUCUGAGUAACUAUACCAUAAUGAAUCAAUUAACCAAGUAUCUAUCAAAUUUAUGAAAAAAUGUGAAAAAUUCAAAGUAAAAAAUCAUCUUCAGUUGAACUUAAUAUUUUUAAUAAGAUAUUUUUUCAUGAUAUCAGCAUUGCUUUCUAUGCCAGACUUUAAUAUUGGUAACUUAUUGAAGUUUAUUAUUGUCAUUAAACUCUAGAAUGAGAGAGAAAUAAUGGAAAUCAGGAAACAGAAUUAACCUUUUUAUGCAUUAUUUGAUUUUUUAACUUUGAUAUAAAAGGUGGUGGAGUGUCACAAAUAAUAAUCUAUUUCUUAAAAUUCAUUCCUUGUGAUUUCAAUUACCAAUUAUGUAUACGAUAUCAAUCACUUGUAGAGACAUUAGGUUUUUUUUUUUUUUUUUUUUUUUUUUUUAAAGCAGACAAGAUGAAAAAUAUCAAACGCCUUCACCGGGAAUCAAACCACGGACCUCUGGAAUACCGGCCCAGCGUGCUACCGUUACACAACGAAGGCACGCUAGGGAAGUGGGAGAAAUACCUAAUACACUAGCUGGAACAUUUAGGAAUGGUUUAAUUUAUAUAAUUUUUGUAAAAGGGCAAUUCUUUUUGUAUAUGCUGUAAGCAAAUGGAAAUAGUUAUAAAAUUUGAUAAUCUUUGAAUCAAGAUUCAGAAUUGCAAGAAUUUGUAAAAAGAUAAUACAUAAAUAAUAUACAGUGUAUGUGAUGUAUAGGGUGAUAUUAUUUUGCUUAAUGUGAAACUCUGUGGGAUCCUCUGAAUUAUUUGGUAUGUCAUUAUGUGUUUUUCUGUCAUGAUAUUGUUACUAUUUCAUUAAUAGUGAUCUUUUUAGAUCGGCUUUUAAAUUAUGUAAAGCUACAUGUUAUAGCUAUCAUGUGCAAUUAUUCAUUCUGAAGAGUAAUAUUGAUAUACAAAUACUGUGCUAAAUAUAUGAAUGUAGAAAAUUAAGAGUGUUUUUUAUCAGGAGCUGAGUGAAUAAUAUUUUUCAAUUAUAUUUUGAUUUUGAUAAUUUAAUUGUAUGAUGCUGCUUGUUAUAUAACAAAGGUCAGCUUUAUAUUUUUGUAAUUUCAUUUUGAAAGAAUACAUUUUGAGGAAAUGUAUUGAAAUUAACAAUGAAAAUAGCACUAAAUUUUUCUUUUUAAAAGUUUUAUGAAUUUUUUGCAUUUAUUAAUAAAUAGAGCUCUGUAAUGAAAUUAUGUGUCUUGGUGUGAGUAUGAACAGGUUUGGUGAAUGUUUGGCAUUUGCUGAUUCUUUUAAUGGUGAAAUCUUCUUGCAAAGAACCAGAUCAGAUUGGAAUAUCUUGUUGCAAUUCAGUUUUCAACUACAAGUACCUGUUAUUUAGGAGAACCUAAUAUUUAUUGAGUGGAAAGCUGUUGUGGAUCUCUACAUUUAGUUCUUUGAAAGGAAAUUAUUAAUUAAAAAGUUUUUCAGUACUGUUCAAAAGGAUUGCAUCUUUCUUUUUAAUUCAGUUAUAUGUGUUUUAUUCAAACUUUCCUUUAUAAUUACUUAAAAGGUUUAUUAUACAGAAAAUGUAUUAUGUUUAAUUACUUCAAGAAAAGCAAAAGAGACCUGACCCCUUUAUUGUGAGAUGAUGAAAUAUAAAAUUACAUGGCAAGAAUAAUUUUUAUUUCAGUAGUUAUAUAAUCAUGUUUAUUUUUUUAAUCUCCUUUCUCAUAUCAAGUUUUGCAUUUAAUCUCUCUGUUGUCGUGUAUCAUAUGAUACACCUGAGUUUGUUUUGUAUGAUCACUGAUAUAGGGAUGAAAAAUCACAAUUGAUAUUUGAUAUGUUGAAACAAAGUUUUUGUUUGAAUUUAUAAAAGUGAAUAUGAAUAGUGUUAAAAUGCUGUGAAACUUUGAAUAGAAUGGCUUGAAUAUUAAUCAUGUUGCUAAGUAUAUUCAUUCUUUUGCACUAUGAAUGUAAAACGCACGAUGUAGAACUGUUACAAGUUUACAAAUAUUUCACAUUGUGAAAGUGUUUUAUUAUUUGCAUAUAAAUGUAAUAGUACAUAAUAUGCAUUGGCAUUUUUGUUUCCUGUGUCAUUAAUAAUAGAAAUAAAUUUAGUGUAUAAAUGUAAUCAUUAUUAAAACUUUUGCUUUUUGUCUAUUUUUUAUUUUAAUUGUAUUAAUCAGGGCUUCUAUUUACUUAUGAAAAAUAUAAGCAGUAUGUGUGUGUAUGCAGACAUUUUCAUAAAAAGCAGUUUUCAUAGAAAUUUCUUUAGCAUGUUAGAUUUACUUAUGAAAAGUAUUUGAGUGGACAGUGUUGUUCAGCACUUCAAGGUCAUGAAUAUUUACUUCAUUUCAAAUAUAAAAUUCUUUUUUUUGGGGGGGGGAGAAGAAAAAAUACAUUGAAAAUAAUGUGCAUAUUUAUUCAAAUAACAUUGAAAGAAAAGAAUAGUUAACAUAUACACAUUCAUUUCACUUAUAUUUACAUUGUAAAUGUUAGUUAAUGGUAGAGCCAUUAUUCUGAAUUUUAAAAGCUUUUCAUAAAUAAAAUUAAUACAAAAUAUUUAACAUAAAUAUUUUUGCCAAAAAUUUUCUUGCAUAUGCAAAUAUUGUAUAAGCAUAUUCUACAUUUGUACACUGCAACCAAGGAAGACUUAAUAAAGAUGAUGAAAGAAGAUUGAAAAUAUGAAUUUGUUGGUGAAAUAUAUAGCAAUACUUUUACUCAAAAAAACUAACAGAUUUCUUCUUUAGAACAUUCUUUUGAACUCUUGGAUAGUGUCCUUUCCUAUUGGGGGGGGGAAUCUUUUUUAAGUAUUACAGAAGUUAUUUUCUGGAAUAAUGGGAUUUAUAAUCCAUAUACAGAUAUAAUUCUGAUCUGUUUACAUUCUGUAGUAGACUAGAAAAAAAUUUUUUGAAAUUGCCUUCAGUCAAUCACAGAUUUUUAUAAAUUUUUUACAUUAAAUGCUUAAAACAUUCUUGCUGUUAAUUUUUCUUAAUAUGCUUUAGCUACUUUUUACCUGAUGUUAUAUAUAAGUUUACUGUUUUUUUAAACAAGAAACUGAUAUAUAAUUAUUUACAUAAAACAUAAGUACUUAUUAUAUUUUGUAAUUAUUAUUAUGGAAUACAAUUGCUGAUUUUUUCUAAUUUUUAGUUAGCUACUUGAAAAUAGUUUUCCUUGUAAGUAUUCAGAAUUGACAUAUUAUCUUGGAUAUUUUGGCACCAUCACUGUAUUAACAUGUUGAAAAAACUAUUAUGUGAUUUUGUGUUAGGUACUUUGAUAGUAGUUUUCACAGGUUUUCUUGGCAUUAUCAUUGCAUUAAAGGGAGAGAAAAAUGCUAUGAAAUUAGGUAAUGCCCAUCCAUUUUCUUUCACAUUUCUUUCUUGCAAGAUUUUCUUUGACAAAUAACUGAAAAAAAAAA